AUGACCGAGCUUCACCCAUGUUCUGCUUACCUCUACAACACAUUAAAGUCCAAGAGAACAAUCCUUCUUACAAAGAUCUCCAGACGACAGAUUCAAAGGCUUGAAUCAGCAGCAGGUGUCAUUCUCAGCUUCGACUCAGAACUUAAAGAUAAGAAAGAUAUUUUAGAUUCAAAACGAGAGAGUCUUGCUGCUUUUUUGCAGAAGCACCCAUGGAUCAACAUAGAUCUACUCUCUCCAUAUAAUACUCUCGUAGAAACAUUCCUUACAUAUAGGCAGCUGCUUGACAGGACUGACCAAAACCUUCUUGUUGAGUGUGACGGUUCAUUAGGUCCCACGGACCAUCAGAUCAUACCAGUUGAUCCCCCUCAAGAAUAA